CACGAAAUAAAGUGUCAUGGAUCUUUUUACAAACUUUUGGGAUUUUUUACGAUGCUAGCGAAGUUGGUCAACGACGAUGAAUGAAAUAGGGCUGCGGAGAACCCUCCCUGACCCAUCAUUAGGGAGUGGGCACACGUUGGACACCGUCCGCCACCCAAGUGUCAUCAACCCCAUCCUGUCCAAAAGAGUCUGCUUCUACAAAAGUGGAGAUCCUCAGUUCAAUGGCCUGCGUAUGGUCAUCAACAACCGUACUUUUAAAACCUUUGAAGCGCUCUUGGACAGCCUCUCAAAAAAGGUUCCCCUGCCGUUUGGCGUGCGGAACAUCACGACUCCUCGAGGGGUUCACGGCAUUAGCACUUUAGACGAACUCGAAGAUGGGAAAUCUUACAUCUGCUCUGACAGUCGUAAAGUCAAACCCUUCGAUCUGGCGCUGGCUCGGAGAAAACUGCCACCUUGGUACCACACAAGACCCGUUAGUUCUCGUCGCCGGACCGGGCAGUUUUUUCCAGGCAGGAAAAACUUCCACUGGCAAGAGCCGAUCGUCAUACGCACACCAAAGAGGCUUGUGGUUUUUCGCAACGGAGACCCUUCCAUCAAGCACACUGUGGUGCUUCACAAGAAGACUACACCUAGCUAUGAGUCUAUCCUGAACUAUAUCUCUGAACUGGUCCAGUUUCAUGUGAAUAAACUACACACACCAGAUGGCAGACGUGUUGAUGGUCUUCCAGGUUUGAUUAUGUGUUCUGGGACUGUGGUGGCUGUAGGCAGGGAGCCUUUCAGACCUGCCAUAUACAGCAAAUCUCCAGCUCCAACAAGGUGGCGUAAUAACCGAAGGGGUUUCAGAAGACAAAAGGCUUUAAACGCUAAAAAGAAGUCCCCGCCGUAUUCUACAAAGUCAAGAAAUUUCUCAGCAUCUUCCGAGAGGUACAUUGUUCAUCAGAUUCAUAACAGCAUUGCAGAGAGUUCAUGUGACCUGCCCAGUAACCUCAAUAACUCUGUGGAGUUGGACUCGAAUUGCAUACUGGAAUCUGUAGCAGAAACAGAGGGUGAGCCCUGUCCUGGGGAUGGACCUGGAGGGCAGGACUGCUCUCUGUCCAAUGACGACAACAUCGAGAAGUCCUUUCGGGUGAAUCAGGAUGGCAGCAUGACAGUGGAGAUGAAGGUGCGGCUGACAAUUAAGGAAGAAGAAACAGUUAAGUGGACCACCACCCUAACACGCUCGCCUGCAGCUGACCAGCCCAACGUGGCCUGCAUAUCUGAGUUAGAGGAAGAGCAGGUUUACUUAAAUCAGUUAAACUCACACAGUUUACAAAAAUCUGAUGCUUCCAUUGACAUCUUCAACAAGGAUAGAUCUAAAGACGACAACGAUGAUGAUCCGCCAUCGUUGGGCAAUGAAGUUUUCAGUGAAAGUAGUUGUGAAGAAAAUAUUGAAAACCACACAGAUGUAGUAUCCUCAAGGAGAGUCCCUACCCCAGGAUGGAAAAAAAUAAGCAAAGAACAAGCUUCUGUGGAGAGCAUUGCAUCUCUUAAAGGGAAUGGGGUUGAAGAGGCAAACAGGACAACAGAACAGUUCUGCAUGGUUAAUCAGAGCAACACAAGACCAGUACCCAAACCAAGACGGCUAGGCUCUGUUGAUAUAAAAAGUAGAGAUAUCUCUGGUUUUAACUCAAAUGAAAUGACUGAAAUCAUGCAGACUGAAUUCAGCAAAGAGGAGGUCACUGAAACGGUUUUACACAUAUAUGAACAGCAGACUUGUCAGGAUAAUUUCCUUCCGAAUAUUUGUGCGCAAGACCUAUCUGUAGUCUGUGGGACUUUGGGGCCAGCUACUUCAGAAAUUGGGCAGCUUUCUUCAAAUAAUAAAUUUGAACAGGAGAUCUGGAGUCCUCCAACUGCAUCUGAGUCUGUUAGUAUCAAGUUGGGUGAUAGCACAUCUUUAAAAACAGAUUUACACUCAUCCUCUCUGAAAGCUGAUGCAGUUCAAGGACAACAGUAUAAGAAUCCUGCAAAAGGCCAUGUCAAGCCCCAACAGACAGACGUCAUGAGUGCCGCCUCAAAAUCUAGAUUCAUCAGCAGACAUGUUCAGCUGGUUGUAAUGCCAAGAAAAAGACAAAAGAAGAGCUCCAAAAAACGAGCCGAGAGACAUAAAAAAGUCAAACCAUUCUCCAGCGCUAUGUUCAUCAAGAGAAUUUAUGGUAAUAAAUCCAGUUCAGGAAAAAAGUUGAAAAAGCUUAAAAAGAAACCAACCUUAAAUUGGGACAAAGGGAUAGCGAUGGGAAGCGCACCAAAGCCAGAUGCUACAGUUAAAACUAGUGGUAAAGACUCAAAUGGAUCAUUAACUUUAAAAGAAAAGAAAAGCAGGCAAAUUUCUUUUAGAACAAGCACUAAUUUUAGUCAACCUCGGGGAAUUUUGACACGACAGACAUCAAUGCAUACGGAGACAAAGAAUGCAAACAAGUCAUCUGAUCUUAGUAGAAGCAUGUCCUUGUUGCCUUUUAAUGCCUCCAGCUCUGCCACUAAAGAGUAUGUAGAGAACUGGCUGGAGAAAACAGAUUUGAACCUGGCAUCUGACACAUAUAUGAAAAGUAAAAUAUUAGAGGUGCUUCCAUCUGCAAGAACUGAAAAUGUUAGGUGUGAAGAUGAAAAAGAAAAAAUCAUCACUUCUAAACAAUAUCAAGAGACGCCGAUCACAUCAUCUGUCAAACUCAGAGUACAGUCUUUUGAAAUCAAAUCAAAUCCACCAUUGGAGAAAUCUGCAAUUAGUCAAGUUAAACGUCACUCGAAUGGGAUCUGCUCUGGAAUAAAUCCACCAGCAGACCAAACAUCAACAGAAAUGGCAUUAGGCAGUGAAGAGGAAAAUCCAGAAACACCCACGGAUACAUUUUCCAUGGAGCUGCCGCCACCACCACCUGAACUACUGAACACUGGGUAUUCCACUCAGGACGCUCCAUCAGCAGCGAGCAGCUCUUUAUACAGACUCUCAUCAAUGAGCAGAUUAUCAGAGGAUCAUCCAUCAUCUUUGAGUCCUACAUCUGACAAGGCCAUAUCACCAACUAAUGACACGGUGGAAACCAACAACUGUUCUGCACAGCAUGGGGAAGAAUUAUCCAGAACUUCAUCCAUUAAAAGAGCUCCUUUGGUCAGUAAUGGUUCAUUUGAAAGGAAAAUGUCUCUCAGAAAGGCUUCUUUGGAUAAAUACACUUUAGGUAAUGACAACACUCCAAAGGCAGCCACAAUGUCUACUCCCUUCAAUACUGUGGGAGAUGAUGUGCCGCCUAAUGGAAUUACACAACCAUUUGAAGACCCACCUGUAGAAACCCAGCAUUCAGUUUUAGAUCUGGGCACACCAUCAUUUUGUUCUUCUUUAACAUCGGACCAAAGGAUGUCAUCUGCCAGCAUGUCAUUGAGUGAAGCUUCAAAGUUGAGCAACAUCCAAUUAAAAGAAACAAAACUUGUAAAAACAUCUCAAAAGGAGGCACCAUCACCCAAAACCUUGAUAAAAAGAGCAAAAAUAAAGCCUAGUCCAUCUCCAGAGAGAAUAUUACAAAACAAACCUUCUGUUGAACUUCAAAAUACCUCUCCUAAAUUAGCACCAGUGACUAGCCACACUCUGGAUAAAGUGGUUCUUCCAAACAUUGGAACAAAAGAACAUGUAAUGCCAAAUGCUAACCCUUCUGAGAAAAAAGAUCAUAAACCAAUAGAGCUCCAGAGAGCAUCUCCGUACUCUCAGUCUUUGGAUGUCUCACCACCUGUCAGACACAAAUCAAGUAGAAAGUUUCCCUCCGAAGACCUCUCUUUGGACAGUUCACCAGAAUCAACAAGUACGUCUCUAAAGAAAACAUCAUUCCAAAGACAAAGUCGCCAAACGCCACAGUCAGGAAAAUCAGCUGGUGAAAUGAAGGUCGAUGAUAAUAAGAUUGUAACAGCAGAUCAGGAUAAAUCUGCAUCAGACACACACGUAAAGCCACAGCCAACAAACACUGCAAACCAGCCAAACAUGAAACCAGUCCUCGAGAAGGUAUGCUGCUCGAUAAAGUCAAUUCGACAAAUCACCCAGAACAAACGACCAUCCUGUCUGGAGAAGUCCAACAGCUUACCAGACUUCUCCUCUCAUGUAGCCUCGACGUUUGGCUCCUCAACAAAAGCUCUCCUUGCUUUCCUGGCCGUCAUGACCCUAAAGGAAGGCUUAACGAACCUAACCAUGGACGAGUUGAACGUAAACCAUGUCAGCUGUGCCGAGGCUUUAAAAAUGAUCGAUUCCUUACAAGAAAUUGCCAACAUUGAAGAUUCCCACAAACUCAAAAUGAGUUUAUCAAAUUUACAACAGUCUGCCUCAAAGCAGCUUCUGCAAAGUUGGAAGGGCUUUCAGGAACUCGGUGAGCGAUGCAAAAGUCACAACUCAACACCUAAUGUGUCAUUCAUGACUGAGCCUGGUCCUGAACAAGACUGCGCCAUUGAAGAGACUGCGAUUGAUGAGAUCAUAGAUAACCUGGAUAUUCCUGAUAAGCUUAAGGAGGAGUUGGCUUCUCUUUCUGAGUGUGUAAAAAGCGAGGGUGACAAUGAAGAGAAGUUUGCUGAAAGACUGAAGCUGCCAGCAAAUCAAAACAACCAUGAAAUCGCAAACGAUGUUCCUACAAAAGACACAAUUCCUAAAGAAGAUGCAAGCGUCAAUGUGAAAUCAGUCACUGACAUCAACCAGCCAAAACCAUCGGAAGUGAUUUCAGAGACAGUAAUGCACCAACCAACUCAAAAUCAAGUAAAGACCAGCAAAGAUUACUUGAAUUUUGUGACUGAACACCAAUUAGAUGAAGUGAGUUGUGAACAAAGGCCUCAAGAAAGACAGCUUUCCUGUAAAACAUCCACGGAUGUGCAGUCAUGUAGGGAUGUGGACCAUCAAGACUAUCAGGGGAAGCAAAAACAGCCGCAGGAUGACGGUGGUGAUAAAUUACCACAAGAGCUGACAAAAACGAACGGAGGUGUGAGCAGUAGCAAAAAACUUGAAAAAGACAGUUGUAUCUUCAAAAAGGAGGAGCGCUGUUUGGAAUUUAGGCAGCUAAAGAUUCAAAACGAGGAAAAUAUCAUUGAUGACGUGCUACGCCGUGAUGAAGCGCAGACAUUUUCAAGUGCCAGUAACGAUUUAGAGAAAACCUGUAAAGACGUGUCGGAUGUGUGUGAGCUGCAUAAAUCAGAAAAUGAUGCAAAGGUUGCAUGUGAGGAGCUAAAGCAGGAAAGUAGUGAAGGUGAGGAUUUGUCUAACAAUGAGCAACCGAGUUCAAACCAAUACGUGGAAGUGAAUUUUAAAGGAAAGAACAGCAUAUCCAACAUGGACAGUGAAAGUUUCUCAGAGGAAGGACAGCCAGAGGUCAAAUGGAUGACCUCAGAGUGUCAAAUGUACAGUAUGGGUUUGAAUGUUAGCACAGGAAGCUCCAACUCAGAAGAUCCAUCUUCAGAGGAAGAGCAGCCAGUGGUUGACUGUAAAAAACUGCAGGUUAUUAUUGAGGAAUGUUUGUCAAGCAAUGAGGAAGAGCAGAACGAGAAGCUUUUUCGUGAACUUCCUAAAUUCAAGGAACAAACAAGACAAAGUAAAGGGCUGGCAGCUUUAAGACAAGAGAAAGAGAAAAUUAGCUCAGGGGGUGAAGCUAAUCCAAAAUGUCCAGUUACUCUUGACAGAGGUUUGAGCAAUUUGUUAAACAGUCAGAAUUUAUACAGCGUCAAAGACGACAGCGAUUUGGUAAUAUCUGAAAAGGGUUUUAGUUUUGAUAAAGAUGACGACAGUGGGAAUGACCACAGCAGCUGUGAGGAACAUGUCGAUGAACUAAAAGGCGAAGACGAUCAAAUCAGCAGCUCCGCUGAAGAAGAAUUAAACUACUAUGAAAAACCAUUCAGCUCCGAGGAGGAACAAGCCACUGUGGACAUAAACACCGAAGAAAGUCAUGCACGGCAUCAGGAAGAUCCACUCACACAAGCAGAAGGAACAAACUGUGAGAAGGGGGUGAAAACUCUUAAAUCAUCUGAAGAACGUCUCACCCAGUCUGUUGCAGAGAGGGUGAUUCUUCUGGAAAGUCAGGUUUCUGAUGUCCAGAAAGUAAAACACACGCCAGCAAGUUCCACCGCUAGACGUUUCUCCCAAAGAAAGACCCACGUUGAGUCAGAAGAAUCACCCUCUGAAUCACCCACAUCCGAGCUGCCUAUCUGUACCCGCUCAGCCCCUCAGUCAUCAUUGUCUUUCAGCUACGACUCCAGCGGGGUUGUAACCACAGAGCCUGAAGGCAGCCGGGUCAGAUCCAUCAGGGAAAUGUUUUUGGCAAAGAGUGCUACAGACGUCCAGCAGAAAUGUUACCCCAGCACAAACUCAUCAGAGCUGUCCGCAUUCAAGGCAGGGAGCUCCGACAGCGGUGGAUAUCAGUCUCAAACUUCAGGCGAAAUGUCCAGCGGAGAAGACGAUUCAGCACAGAAAUCCAUUACCAAAGGCUUCGUGAGGAGGACCAUCGAAAUGCUUUAUGGCAAGAAAGAAGCUAAACCAGAGGAAACAAGUGAGAGAACCCCAUCUGAGUCAGAUCACAGGAAAAAAGAGCCCUCGAGCAUCUUCUCGCCCUUUCACGCAGCCCGAUCCAAAGCCAUGUCCGAAUUGUCUUACUUCAAUUCCUCCAACGCGUUGGACGCUUUCAGUGAAGCGACAAGAUGCAUUGCUUUCAACGCACAAGUGGGGCCUGGAGACAGUGUCCCCAUUGAUAAUGGACGAUGGCUCCUUAGAGAGAACACAACAAUGAGAAAGUCACUGUCAGACCCAGUGGGAAUAAACAAGACCUUUUCGAGUGGUCCUCAAGAAAAAGAACUACAUGAAGAUGUAGCAGACACUCCAUAUUCUCUCUUCAGUGCAAAGCCAGAACUAGAGGACAAGACAAAUCCUCUACAUAGAAAGUGCACCUACUUCUCUCUGCCCCAUGCAACUGAAUCAGAGAUCUGUCAAGAUGAUCCAAGCACAGUAAGCAAGAGCUGCGUCAGUGGAGAGAACGUAGAAGAGGCCCAGGACAGUUCUGAAGACAACAAACUAAGCGUUCUGUUGAGCGUUGGCGUUCCUGACUUUAAGGUGAAGGAUAACAAAGUUCACCCGUUGGUAGAGCCACCUGAUGGUGAGGUUGUACUGGUGCAGCCUGGGAAAGGUCAGAGCAUCGUUAACAGAAGGCUUCAAGAACCUGACGUUUUAGAUUUGCUGUAUAAUUUUUGUGGCGCACAUUGUCCUAUUCUGUGA